AUGACAAAAAAUUUUCGACAACCUUGCCAAAAUCUAGCACAUUGGCGUGUUUGGGAAACUUCUGUGGAAAUUUUCCACUCAUCGAUAAAGUCAAAUUAUUUAAAACUUUCUUCAGCUUCUUCUUUAAUGAAAUCGGCCUUAGAUAAUCAAACAACCGCUUCACGUAGCGAAUGUAAUCAAAUCAACAAAAAACAGAAAGCAGAUAUUUUCUGUUUUUCUUUGCUUAAUGUUUAUUCACAUGUGAUUAACUUUCGACUUGAAAUUCAAAUUGUACAAUAG